ACUACCUUGGCGUUACAAGCGCCGUGCUCUACCAGCUGAGCUACAGAGGACCACAUAUAGCAAAUAUUACGGUAUCGGUGAGGAUGCACUGGCCACCGUGGAGAGCGUGGACCGUGUUGUCACGGUUGAGGAGGAUAAUGAGCCCACCCUGGACCAGGAGGACCCAGUCCUUGUUCAGUAUGUGGUUGAGGAGGUUGGGCACCGGCCCUGUCUGGCUUUAAUCCCUUGGUCUGGACCUCUGUGGGUUCCCAGCUCUCCAACAUAUUACCUUACCCAUGCUGGGAGGAUGCUGGUGAGAGAGCUGGCAGUGUUAAACACGCAGAUAUUCACAGUGGAGCAGCCCAUUUUCAUCUGUUUCACUCCUGCUAGGAGGAUGGUAUGGAAGGAACUGUCCUCUCAAAAUGAACAGUAUGUGGAUGAGGAGGUUGGGCACCGGUCCUGUCUGGCUUUAAUCCCUUGGUCUGGACCCUUGUGUGUUCCUAUCUUUCCUGUCUUCUCCAAGGCCAAACCAGUCUACUACCUAACUCGUGCUGGGAGAAUGCUGGUAACAGAGCUUGCAGUGUUAAACACACAGACUUCCAAAUUGGUUAUUGAGGAGCCUACCAUUCACCUCACUGAAGCUGGGAGGCUAGUGCUUGACGAACUGUCAGCACCUUCAGAUAGCCAUUCACAGCCAAAUAGGGAAGACUCUGGUUUUCCCUAUGAGAAGUUGCAGCUGGUUGGGAACUGGGGUUCGUUUCAUUUCCAUUACUGGAAUAUCCAUUAUGGACGAGUGCAGCAAAAUGAAGAGGACAUGCAUCACCUGUGCAUUGUGAGGGGAGUAGAGAAGCAGCUGUGGUGGAGCAGAGUCAUCCAGGAAAAAAUCCUGGACCCAUGGGGUCUCGUCCAGGUGGUCCUCACCAACAAGAAGCUGACUGGUAUUAAGUUCCUUGGUAGAAGGAUCCAUGGACUCAUGUCCUGCCUUGUCAAGAGGAGGUCUGAGUUCACCUAUUAUGAGGAUGCCCAGCAGGUGGAUAUCUCCACCACAGUGGAGGGGUACCAGGAGAGGGGGGAUGAGAUGAUGGCAUAUCAGUUUUCCACCUCUGACAUCAUCACCACCCCUCAUGAGCCGUCCUCUGGCUCCUCUCACCAGUUCCCCCAGAAUUCUCCGCCUCCCCCUUUCCUUCCGAUUCCCCUCCCAGAGUUUGAGGAGGAGUUUGUGGAGGAGCAAAAUAAUGCUGCAGAUGUGCCCCAGUUGCGGCGUUACUUUGAAAACCAAGGGACAACCAACUUCUCUCUGAGGCUGGCCGGUAUCAGACGUGCUAUGGAGGCUCUGACAUCCUCAGACAGUACCUCCCUCAAUUACCUCACCCACGCUGGGAGGAUGGUGUUGAGUGGACUAUCCGAGCUCAACCAGCAGGAUGUGAGGCAGUUUCAGCAGGCCUACGACCUACUGGUGAACUUCAUUAAUGAGCCAGCAAACAGGGAGCGACUAGAGCAGGAGAUGGCUCUCAAGCCUGGUAGCUUCCUUUAUCUGCUCCUGCAAGUCAUAAUGAGGAUUGACCCUCCUGGAGGAGCCUGGACAGAGGCUGCUGAGAACUUCUACCUCCUCGU